AUGUCAGCUCAUCAUUAUUUCGGAGUCCUCGUGCUAAUAUGUAGCGGGAGCUUGAGUUAUUCCUACAGACUCCUAGAGAGCCAAACCUGUCCAGCUCCCAUGAAGAUGCCGCAGUUUGAGGAACACCAUCUCGAUGAUCAGCACAGAAACUUUUACAAUGUCCACGAAGUUCCCAGGAAGCCUCCCACCCAAAUGAACGAGAUUAAGUCGGAAAACUGGCUAAUGCGAAUUAUCAAUAUAAAAACCAUAAGGCAGAACUCCAUUGAGGAAGACCCCCGAACGGAGCAAAAACAACAUAUGGAAGGAUGGCUGAAGCGGUUCUUAAACAUCCUCAACUCAAAAAGGGAAGACCCACCGCCUAAAAGGAAUGACGAACCUAAGAUAUGGUUCAUAUUAAAGAAGAAUCCUUAUCCUAGGGAAGAGCAUCGCAUUGUAAAGAGGGACCCUCUACCAAACAGUAUCAUGUGA